CAGGCAGGCGCACCUGGGGCUGAGGGGGCGCCUUUGGGGCGGGGGAAGGGGCGCUCUCCCGGCGCGCUCUCUACUGAGCAUGCUCAGUCGAGGGUCCGCGCGUGGGCGCCGGCUAGGGGCGCACCCCCAGCGCCGUGCCAAGGGAGAGGACGCGGGGAAUUUCCCCUGGGGACACUAUGGAGAAGUAUCAGAUUUUGGACCAGCUGAGUCCUGGGGCCUUGGGGAUGAACCUGGUGGUGGAGAAAACAGAAAACAAAGUAAAGUACGUGAUAAAGCAGGUGGAGUGUAUUGAUGAGCAUCAGGCCAACGAGGCCUUGGAGGAGCUGAUGCCGCUGUUGAAGCUCCGGCACGCCCACAUCUCCAUAUACCAGGAGCUGUUCAUCAUAUGGAACAGUCAGAUCUCCUCUCUGUUCCUCUGCCUGGUGAUGGAGUACAACCAUGGAAGCUUCCAGAAGGUCAUUGAGAAGAAGAGGGAGACAAAGACAAUCAUUGACUCCGAGUGGAUGCAGAACAUGCUGGGCCAGGUGUUGGACGCUCUGGAAUACCUGCACCACUUAGACAUCAUCCACAGGAAUCUCAAGCCCUCCAACAUAGUCCUCAGCAGCAGCAACCACUGCAAAUUACAGGACCUGAGCUCCAACACGCUGAUGAUGGACAAAGCCAAGUGGAACAUCCGCGCGGAGGAAGACCCUUGUCAGAAGUCCUGGAUGGCGCCCGAGGCCCUCCGCUUCUCCUUCAGCCAGAGAUCUGACGUCUGGUCCCUGGGCUGCAUCAUCCUGGACAUGGCCAGCUGCUCCUUCACAGACAAAACAGAAGCCAUGCUUCUGAGAAAGUCCCUCCGGACCCUCCCGAAUGGCCUCAGGGGCGUCCUGGAGACCCUGGAGGAGAAGAAGAUCCCCAACGCGGAAACUUUUGGUUCCCUUUUGCCUUUGAUGCUGCAGAUCAACCCUUCGGAGCGAAUAACAAUCAGGGAAGUGAUACACAUCACCUUCGUGGGCAGCAACUUCAGGUCCUCCAGCAUCGCUCUGUCACCGCACUGGCAGCUGAUGCCUGACUCUGUCACCGACCUGCUGCUAGGGGGCAACAUCGCCAGCAUCAUAGAGGUCAUGCAGAACUUCUCCAGCAGACCCGAAGUCCAGCUCAAAGCCCUGAAGAGGCUCCUGAAGAUGCCUGAAGAGCAGCUAGGUCUGCCGUGGCCAACAGAGCUGGUGGAGUUGUUGACCGCCAUCAUGAAGCAACACGAGAGGAUCCUUGACAUACAGCUGCACGCCUGCUCCCUGCUGCUGCGCACCCUGGGCCAAGCGCUGGCACAGGACCCCGCAGCCGAGGUGCCGAGUGAGAGCUCCGUCAUCUCCGUCCUGCUGAGCUGCCUGCGGAUUCAUCCCGAGUCAGAGCAGCUCCUGGCCACGGUCUACGGCGUGCUCGCCAUCAUCUCCAGCCAGGAAUCGGCCUCAGAGGAGCUCCAGGAGGCUGGGCUGUUCGAGCAUAUCCUGGAGCACCUGAGUACCUUCCCCACAAACAGGGACAUCUGCAUCAACGGCCUGAGCCUGCUCUGGGCCCUGAUGGUGGAUGCCGUCAUUGUGAACAAGACCCCCUUGGAGAAAGCCCCGGUCCUCAUCGCUGAGGUGCUGGCCGCCCACCCCACGGAUGCAGAGAUGGCUGAAGCCGGCUGCGCGGUCUUCUGGCUGCUGUCCUUGCUAGGCUGCAUAAAGGAGCACCAGUUCGCAGAUGUGGUGACGCUGUUCCUCCAAAGCAUCCGGCUCUGCCAGGAAAGAAUCCCACUGGUGAACAACGCCUACCGGGGACUGGCCAGCCUCGCAAAGGUGUCCGAGCUGGCAGCGCUGCAGGUGGCAAUGCCAGAGGAGGGCGGCGGCGGCCUCAGCCUCAUCCGGGAGACGUACCGGCUGUACAAGGAUGACCCGGAGGUGGUGGUGAACAUCUGCAUGCUGCUGGCCCACCUCACGUCCUACGAGGAAAUCCUGCCCGAGCUGCGGGCCAGUGGCAUCCAGCCUCUGGCCCAGGAGAUCAAGGAGCACUUCACCUCCAGCCUGGUGAGUGUCAGCGGGGGCCCAACACACCAGGCCCCCAACUGCCUCUACGGCCAGAUCUGGGUAGCACAGAGGGGCCCAGAACAAGAGACAUUGUGCCAAACAGACUUGACUCUGUGUACUUUUUUUGUUUUAUUUUAUAGAGGGGGCACGAGCAGGCGAGGGGCAGAGGGAGAGAGAACAAAUCCCGAGCAGGCUCCACACUCCGAGCUGGUUUCCUACACAGAGAAGGUACUCCUGAGGCUGGAGGCCGGCACGCCACCAGGCUCCGCGGGAGGACAGUCGGCUCUGCCCUGA